AUGUUUGGAUGGAAACCACUCUCGUACUUUUUGCUUGCUGCUGCUGCUCAGGCCAAGUACAUCGUUCCCGGUGCCAGAUGGAUUGAUACCGAUGGAAACCUUGUCAAUGCACAUGCUGGAGGUGUGACUGUGGGUAAAGAUGGGAAGUUCUAUCUGUUUGGCGAGUACAAGAUUGAGGGGCAGACUGAAGGUGGCGGUGUGUCUGUCUACAGCAGUGAUGAUCUUGCUACCUGGACCUCCCACGGUCUGGCUCUUGAACCUAUCGAAGAUCACCCGUAUAUUGCUCCCGACAAGAUCAUUCAAAGACCGAAGGUGUUGUAUAAUGCCAAUGAUGAUCAAUACCAUAUGCACUGGCACGCAGACAACAGCACCUACGGCUGGCUCCUCCAAGGUCUAGCAAUCUCCCCCAACAUAACAGGUCCCUACACCUUCCUCAACGCCACCGCGCCUUUUGGAAACUGGUCUCAAGACUUUGGCACCUUUACAGACUACAAGACCCAAAAAUCCUACGCCAUGUACAGCAACGGCGACAGAAAAGAAGCUCGAGAUGUCUACCUCGCCGCCUACGAUUCCUCAAACACUGAGCUUGAAAACAUCGUCCACAGAUUCGACAAAUACGACCUCGAAGCCCCCACGAUCAUUCAAACAAAUUCCUCAUACUAUGCCUUGAUGUCUCAUAAAACUGGCUAUCGACCCAACAACGUCGUUGCUUUCAGAGCAGACAAGUUAGAAGGACCAUGGAGUCAACCCUUUUUCGUCGCUACACCCAAUACUCGGACGUAUAAUUCUCAAUCUGGAUUUUCGUUGAGGAUUAGUGGGACCAAGCGGACUACUUGGUUGUAUUUGGGUGAUCAGUGGGAUAGUAAUAGUUUGUGGGAGAGUAGAUAUAUAUGGUUGCCGGUAGAUAUUGAUGAUGAGGCGAAGAGUUUGAAGUUGGAGUGGUGGGAUGUUUACGAUCUUGAUGUCAAAACUGGUGAAUAUACACCCAUAAACGGAACUCCCUACUACGCCAUCGAUGCGAUAACAUCUGGAGACGCAUAUAAGCAAGAAGCUAAUUUCGCAUCCAACAACACAAUCAUCACCAACAUCUCCGGCAACACAUCCACAGCAACCUUCCACAUCCCUAGCAAUGGCUCCCACCAUUGGCUCUCCUUCUAUUACCAAAACACCGACGACAUGGGUUUCGGCGACCAACCCGGCGGCUCUCCCGAUCGUAUAAAGACGCCUUGGGCACUUCGUCGUAUAUCUUCCGUGGUUGUGAAUGGAAAUGUGACGGGCAUGCAGACGCUAUAUCAAAGGGAUACGCAUAAAGGUGUCGUUUUGUCGACGCCAUUGAAGGUUUGGUUGGAUGAGGGGGUGAAUAGCGUGGAGGUUGGAGGGUUGUGGAAUGGGAUUGAUGUUAAAGGGGCGGAUUUGGAUAGAAUUGUUGUGUAUCCUACCGAGGAUUAG